CCCCGCCCCGGGAAGAUGGCGGCGGCGCGGGCAGGAGGCGGUGCGGUGCUGCUGCGGCGGCUGCAAGGCGGCGGCGGCUGCGGGGCCCUCGGCGGGGCGCGGGCAUACUCACAGGAUGCUGAGGGCAGCUGGUUCCGCUCCCUGUUUGUGCACAAGGUGGAUCCACGCAAGGAUGCCCAUUCCAAUCUUCUGUCCAAGAAAGAGACCAGCAACCUCUACAAGAUCCAGUUUCACAAUGUGAAGCCAGAAUGUCUGGAUGCCUACAACAGCCUGACGGAGGAGGUGCUGCCCAAGCUGCACUCAGAUGCCGAUUACCCUUGUGACCUGGUUGGGAACUGGAAUACGUGGUAUGGGGAGCAGGACCAAGCAGUGCACCUCUGGCGCUUCUCUGGUGGGUACCCAGCCCUCAUGGACUGCAUGAACAAGCUGAAGCAGAAUAAGGAGUACCUGGAUUUCCGCAAGGAGAGGAGCCACAUGCUGCUGUCCCGCAGGAACCAACUGCUGCUGGAGUUCAGCUUUUGGAAUGAGCCCCUGCCCCGCAAGGGGCCCAACAUCUACGAGCUGAGGACCUACAAGCUCAAGCCAGGGACCAUGAUCGAGUGGGGCAAUAACUGGGCUCGGGCCAUAAAGUACCGCCAGGAGAACCAGGAGGCAGUGGGCGGCUUCUUCUCUCAGAUCGGGGAGCUGUAUGUCGUGCACCACCUCUGGGCCUACAAGGACCUGCAGUCCCGUGAGGAGACAAGGAAUGCGGCGUGGAGGAAGCGGGGCUGGGAUGAGAAUGUCUACUACACGGUGCCGCUGAUUCGGACGAUGGAGUCCCGGAUCAUGAUCCCCCUGAAGAUCUCCCCGCUGCAAUGAACUGGGACACGUGCUGCCUGCCCCAGCUCUGCUGGGAAGUGCUGGGGGCGUCUUCUCCCAUUUUGGGGUGUCUUGAAGGGGGCAGGGGGGGGAAAGGGUGAGAGCCCGACCCCCUGGGCUCAGCUGCCCCCUGUUUGUGGGGACCUGCAGGUGCCGCAGUGCACCCCGUGUUGCCAUUGGCCCUCCAUGCUGGGGGCAAACCCUCAGAAGCCCUCCUGAGAGGUGAGCUGGGGGCUGCUCAUAAUUACUGCUAACGAGCUGCUCGUCGGAUGCGUGUCCCCGCCGGGCUGUGGGAUGUCACCAAUUAAAUAUUUAAUUGCCA